AUAAUUACAUUGUCUGAUUUAGAAUGUGAUUAUAUUAAUGCAAGAUCAUGUUGCUCGAAAUUAAACAAGUGGGUAAUUCCAGAAUUGAUUGGUCAUACCAUUAUCACUGUAUUAAUGCUUGUUUCAUUGCACUGGUUCAUCUUCCUUCUCAACUUACCUGUUGCCACUUGGAAUAUUUAUCGGUUUAUUAUGGUGCCGAGUGGUAACAUGGGAGUGUUUGAUCCAACAGAAAUACACAAUCGAGGGCAGCUGAAGUCACACAUGAAAGAAGCCAUGAUCAAACUUGGUUUCCAUUUGCUCUGUUUCUUCAUGUAUCUCUACAGUAUGAUUUUAGCUUUGAUAAAUGACUGAAGCUGGACAAGCCAUGGUUCAAGUCAGCCGAUACUCCAGUGCACAGCCGCGGAGCCAGAGACGACUUAAAUCAUCCGUAGAACCAAGACCAUAGCAGUAUAUAUUUUCCUCUUUGAACAAAAAAACUAUUUUUUGCUGUAUUUUUACCAUAUAAAGUAUUUAAAAAACAUGAA